AAAGCGUACAUUGGGAUAGAUCCUGUUCUAUAAAUUGUUAAAGGGUCCAACUGGGUUAAACCUAAUCUCAUAUGACCACUCCAACCUGUUUCAUUCUGCUCUAUUUCAAUAAGGAAAAUUUCACCGGGUGCCAAAGGUUUGUCACUGAACGUAAUAGCAUUUGCGAAACUUUUCUUCCUAUAAGCUACGGUAUUAUCUUCUGAUAAUACUAUAUUUUCCCCAUGGUAAGGGUGAAAUCGUGUGAUUCUAUUAUUUGACAUUUUAAAAUUAAGGAAACUUAUUUGCAGACUGGUGCCUCUUUCAUUCUAAAAGUAAAUCAUAAUAUUGGAAUUACAAAAUAUUCUACUCUCAAUUAUAGAAUGUUUUAUAAAUGGUUAAUAUUUUCCAAAUGAGAUUUUUUCCACUUUUUUCGGAGUUGACUUUUGUUUAUCGAACCGUCGAACUGUUUUUUUGUACCUACACCACAAAACAUCUAAUUCUUGUACUGGAGUAAAAUAUUUGAACAUUAUUUAAAUGCGUUCUGUUCAAUGAACAGGAGUGGGGUAAAAAGCCAAUGUGCAUCUCUAAAAAAUGCCUACUGACGUGGCUCUGUCAACCUCACAAUGACAAAUGUGUGACGUUUACAUUUGUCAAGUUCAUUUCUUUUAAAAACAUGGGAAGUGUCGUCAACAUAAUUAUAGCUCAGGCUACUGAAAAUCUAACAGAAAAUGCCAAAAAUGCAACUGAAAAGACUCCAAGUACUCCAGAGGGAAUGGCCGUUGCUUAUGGAAGCUUGGUUAUAAUGGCACUGCUUCCAAUAUUCUUCGGUUCCUAUAGGUCUGUAGUGUACCAUAAGGAAAAUAAACCAGAAAAAAUGACCAAAAAAGAUGCCGCAAUAUUUCCAAUUAUGGCUUCCUGCGCUCUUUUUGCAUUAUACAUAGUUUUCAAAUUGUUCUCUAAAGAGUACAUUAAUCUGCUGUUGACUGGAUAUUUCUUUUUUUUGGGUGUUCUAGCUUUAACACAUUUAUUAAGCCCAGUGGUAAGUAAGCUUGUUCCAGCAGCAAUUCCAAACAUUCCAUUCCACAUUAUGUUUAAACAAGGCGAAGGAGAUGCCACGCAGUACUUAAUAGACUACAGAUUUUCCACAUACGAUGUUGUAUCUUUAGGAGCCUGUUCCGUUGUGGGAGCUUGGUAUUUAUUUCAAAAACAUUGGGUCGCAAACAACCUCUUUGGAUUGGCAUUUGCCGUAAAUGCGGUUGAACUGUUGCACCUCAACAAUGUCGUUACUGGCUGCAUAUUGCUGUGCGGAUUGUUCUUUUACGAUAUCUUUUGGGUGUUUGGCACGGAUGUAAUGGUUACAGUAGCUAAGAGUUUUGAAGCACCAAUCAAACUUGUCUUUCCUCAAGAUCUUUUACAAAAUGGACUGGCAGCUGACAAUUUUGCCAUGUUAGGUUUAGGAGAUAUAGUAAUACCUGGUAUAUUCAUUGCCCUCUUAUUAAGGUUCGACAACAGUCUGAAACGCCAAACAAAGACUUAUUUCCAUGCUUCAGUAAUUGCUUACUUUCUAGGAUUGAUGGCCACAAUUUUUGUUAUGCACGUUUUUAAACAUGCACAGCCUGCCCUACUUUACUUAGUCCCAGCUUGUAUAGGUACACCACUUGGUUUGGCUUUGCUAAAAGGAGACUUGACAGCUAUGUUUAAAUAUGAAGAUUCUCCAGAUGAAGAAAAACCAGAAGAAAAGAAAAAGGAACCUCUGUCAAAACAAGAAGCCAAAAAAGUAAAAUAAGAGGCUGAAUUAAUAAGUUCAUUAUACCAUAAUUGACUGUACUGCUGUUUGUAUUACGGUUCAAAAUCUUCCAUAUUUUUUUAUUAAAAUUGUUUUUGUG